AUGGAGGAUAUUGGCGCCGAUAUCCCUGAUAUCCCUCUCCGGCGACAAGGGCCUGUUGCUGCCGGCACUAGCCCUACACCGUGGGAGGAUGACGGCUCUAAUUGGGUCCCCCAAGGGCCUGUAAGCCCAAGAGUGUUGCACUCCAGGAGGAAGCCGAGGUAUGAUGAGAAAUGGCCAUGCUCUACGCCGACGAUGCUGACGAUAUUUACUCGAAGCCAACACUUCCAGCACACAGAGGUGCCGCUGCGGGGAAGAGUGAUCUCACCAGAUCCCGACUACUCUGCGCCGAGGGGUGCGCAGUCGUUGAGUCCGCCACCAAAGAGUGCCCCAACACGUUCCACCAGGUCGCGAGCCAACUCUACGCGCUCAUCGUACGAGACCAACGCCACGUCUCUGGUCCCCUUGCAGACCAAAGGUCUAAGCGAUGAUGAUCUUCUGGAGCCCAUCCCAGACGAAGAGCUUGAACCUGGCUCCUUCGACCUCGUGGCACCAGACCAGGGAGUCAGUCGGCAGCACUCGCUUGAAACUCGCUCAGAAGUCUUGUUCUCAAAGGAGCACCUUAAGGGCAUAUUUUCCGACUACGUGCUUCUUCAAAAGUUCACAGACUUCCUGGCUGAAGCGCGCCGCGAAUCCCUGCCGCUCUUGACGUACUACCUCGACUCGAUGAAGGCAUUGCGAGCCAUUGCGUACGCUAAUGCCAUUUCCCGGGCACUGGACGCCACAGAUGGCCACGACUUCACUAGCGAAGGGCCCGGCAAGACUACCAACACGGCUCUGGAGAAGAAGGCUGAGGCUGCCUUUGAGGCACUGACCCGCGAAGACCUGCCUGCGUACAUCACGCAUCUGUGGACGCAAACAGUCAGUGUGUCGAUUAAGCGACGGAUCACAGGCACUUUACCUGUUCAGCUGCGGGAGAUGUCGGAGGGGCUCGCUGAGGUCUUCUGUCUGACUGACCCUUCUCGACGGGAUAACCCCAUCGUCUUUGCUUCUGAAGAAUUCUACCGAACGACCCAGUAUGGCAUGAACUAUGUUAUUGGACGCAACUGUCGUUUCCUUCAGGGGCCGAAGACCAACCCAUUCAGUGUUCAGAGAAUACGGGAUAAAUUGCUGGCCGGCAAGGAAUGCUACGAGACCUUUCUCAACUACCGCCGUGAUGGGUCGCCUUUCAUGAAUCUUCUCAUGAUGGCCCCUCUUUCUGGGCUUGAUGCCAUGAAGAAACUCAUGGCAGAGUACGAAGCCAAGGAACCCGGCGGUGAUGCUGAUCACAAUCCCGAAGAGGAGUCGAAGGAUGAAUUCAAAGAUCUCUGUGAGAUGUUCAACUCGACCGAGCUGGAGACUGUUCGACGGUGUGGCGGGGAUAUGUACCGCGUCAAGCAGGGGGAGGCGGAUCAGUCCAAUGGCGGGCCGACGAACUGGAACAAGCCUCGCAUCUUGCUGAGAGAGGAGUCACUGGCGGCGCAGAGCCAGCCAUCAUCACCAACAGCAUCCAGCGGCAAACUUACGGGGAUCUACUCGCAUUAUCUUCUUGUCCGACCAUAUCCCAGCCUGCGCAUCCUGUUUGCUUCGCCAUCGCUCCGGGUACCCGGAAUCCUGCAAUCGCCCUUCAUGAGCAAGAUAGGGGGGUCCGAUCGUGUCCGCGAAGGACUCACUCAGGCGUUCGCGGACGGGCAUGGCGUCACAGCCAAGAUACGGUGGUCGUCAAAGCCGGGUGUUGAGGGCCGGCCGCGCUGGAUCCACUGCACGCCGCUGGUGGGCAGCAACGGCGCUGUCGGCGUCUGGAUGGUCGUCCUCGUCGACGACGAGGUAGACCCCCUCCCGCGGCACAUGCAGGCGCCUGCAGUCAAAGUGCAGCGUCACGGAACGUCGCAGCCGCCGACGACACACAACGAGGACAAUAUGAGCCUACGCAGCUUCGCGGUCAUGAACAGGGAUCCCGAAGCCAGCACUGUUGGCGACGCUCGGCCAGGCAGCCGGGGGACAUGGGAAACCAGCCGCACAGAUCGCCCGGAGACGCCGUACACCCUCCGCCUAGGCGAAGAGUGA